ACUUUGCCUCCUCCGACGGCGAUGAUCGUAUCGCCACCGCCUUCCCCCUCCGACCCUUGACUUCCCCCUCCGACCCUUGGUAGACCGAUCAGACACCAGCUCUCUCUAUCUGUGAAUCUCUCGGAAGCUUUUUCCGUGUAGAGAGUAGAAGAGAGAUGGGAAAACCCAAAGGAGAUGCUUUAAGGAGCAAAGCUCGUCCAUCCAGCAGCAGCUUGGCGGCUUCUCUGUUGCCUUCUGCCUCUGCAGCUGCGGCCGUAGGUUUUGGUGGCUAUGUCGGUAGCUCUAGAUUCGAAACUUCUAUAUCAAACGAAGACUCUGCUCCCUUCUUGGAUUUGGAUAGUGAGGUUUCCCAACACUUGCAACGUCUUCCUAGGAAAGACCCUACAACAAAGAUUAAAGCUCUUGCUUCCCUGUCAGAACUGAUUAAGCAAAAGAAAGGAAAGGAACUUCUGCCAAUAAUCCCACAAUGGACAUUUGAGUACAAGAAGUUGAUACUGGACUACAAUAGAGAUGUUCGGCGAGCUACGCAUGACGUCAUGACUAAUGUUGUCACUGGUGCCGGGAGAGAUUUAGCACCUCAUCUAAAGUCUAUAAUGGGGCCCUGGUGGUUUUCGCAGUUCGAUUUGGCAUCUGAAGUUUCUCAAGCAGCAAAGUCUUCUCUACAGGCAGCAUUUCCUUCCCAGGAUAAGAGAUUGCACGCCUUGAAUUUAUGUUCAACUGAGAUUUUUGCUUAUCUGGAGGAAAAUCUCAAACUUACACCUCAAAAUUUAUCUGAUAAAGCCCUUGCUUCAGAUGAAUUAGAAGAAAUGUACCAGCAGAUGAUAUCGUCAUCUCUGGUGGCAUUGGCUACACUACUAGAUAUUUUGCUCCGGGAACCUGAUAAAGCUAGCUCUGCAAACGUUAAUUCUGAAUCGAAACUUGCCUCAAAGGCUAGGGCUCUGGCAAUCUCCGCAGCUGAGAAGUUGUUCUCUUUCCAUAAAUGCUUUCUGAACUUUCUAAAAUCUGGAAGCCCUAGUAUUCGGUCAGCUACUUAUUCUUUAUUAAGCAGCUUCAUCAAAAAUGUUCCUGAAGUCUUUGGCGAAGACAACAUCAGAUGCCUUGCACCAGCUCUGCUUGGUGUUUUCCGAGAAAAUAAUCCAACCUGCCACUCAUCAAUGUGGGAGGCUGUCUUGCUGUUCACUAGAAAGUAUCCUCAGAGUUGGGUCUACUUGAAUGUUCAUAAAUCUGUUCUGAAUCAUUUAUGGCAGUUUCUAAGGAACGGUUGCUAUGGAUCCCCACGGGUUUCUUAUCCUGCACUGAUAUUGUUCCUGGAAGUUAUGCCAACACAAUCUGUAGAAGCUGAUAAGUUCUUUGUGAAUUUUUUCAAAAACUUAUUAGCUGGAAGAAGUAUAUGUGAUUCUUCAAGUACGGAUCAAUUAUCACUUCUUCGGGCAACAACUGAAUGUUUCCUCUGGGGAUUACAUAAUGCUUCAAAGUACUGCGAUGGUCCCAAUCCCAUUCAUGAUCUCCAGGUUGAUCUAAUUGAUAAAGUCCUCGUGAAGAUUCUAUGGGCAGACUUCUUUGAACUAUCUAAGGGCAGCAUUCCACCUAUUCAGAGGAAGUCAGCUGAAACUCUUGGCAUGGGUAAUUCAUUUAGUUAUCUGCAAGAGCUAGGUAGAUGCAUCAUAGAAAUCCUUUCAGGGAUUAAUUUGCUCGAACAGAACCUGCUGUCUUUUUUCUGUAAAUCUGUUCAAGAGAGCUUCUUGGAUAUGCUUCAGCAGGGAAACUUAGAGAUAGUUUCGGGUAGCGUGAGAAAAAUGAUUGAUUUUCUCUUGUUGUUGGAGAGAUAUUCAGUUUUGGAAGGUGAGAGUUGGCCCUUGGAUCAAUUUACGGGGCCACUGCUGUCAAAGGCUUUCCCGUGGAUAAAAUCAUCUGAAUUGGUAGAUGGUGUGAAGCUUUUGUCAGUUUCAGUAUCAGUGUUUGGACCGAGAAAGAUAGUUCCAAUACUAAUUGAUGAUAUAGAGACUUCUACCCUUCUCUCUGUUGAAAAAGGGAGGGAUAUGAGCCCAGAGAAGUUCAUUAAAGUUUUUCAAGAAAUUUUUAUUCCUUGGUGUAUGGAUGUAUGUGACUCGUCGACUGCAGCUAGACAAGAUCUCCUGCUUUCAUUACUUGAUGAUGAAUGUUUCACUCAGCAGUGGGAUGAUGUCAUUUCUUAUGUAUCUAACCAACGACAUCAGGGGUGCAAUAAUCUGGCUGCUAUGAAAGUGCUUUUAGAAAAGGCAAGGGGUGAAAUUACAAAAAGAGGUUCUGGGCAGGAGUUGAAUCAAAGAGUAGGUUCUCGGCCAGAGCAUUGGCAUCAUAAACUCAUAGACUCAACUGCUAUAAGUCUUGUCCGUUCCUCCUUAGGGACUACAACCUCUGCUGCUCAGUUCCUGUGUUCAGUUCUGGGCGGUUCAACUGAAGACAGCAGUAUUUCUUUUGUGUCAAGAAGCUCGUUGGUCUUGAUAUAUAGAGGGAUCCUUGAAAAGCUGCUAUCUUUUAUCAAAUUGUCACCGUUAUGCUCAUUUAAUGAUAUAUGUUCAUCUCUUAUUGUUGAGGGUAUAGAGUUUGAUUCGAGUAGUACUGUGGACGAGAUCGUGGUUGCUAAGUUUGCAGCUGAAGUUAUUGAUGGUAGUUUCUUCAGUUUGAAGGCUCUGAAUCAGGACGCCACUCUACUUUCAACUAUUUUGUCUUCUAUUUUAAUCAUCGACUUGGAGAGUAGAAUGACAUCACUAGUGGAUGAUACGCAAUAUGAGUCCAAAGAGAAAAGAAAGGAUCGGAAUCUUGUGUGUGAUUUUAUUCAUGCUGUUUGCUCUAAGAUGGAUAAUCAGUUCUGGAGAUCCAUAGACUAUGAUGUCCGGAAGAGUUCAGCAAGCAUUUUGGUUCAGUCCCUUAGGUCUGUUGUCCUACUUGAGGAUGAUCUGCAACCUUGUGAACUUACACUAUUAUGUGCUUCAAGGAUGACCGAGGUGUUGGAAUAUCUCUCACUGGAUCAAAGCGAUGAAGAAAAUAUAUGUGCCCUCCUCGUGCUUGAAAGUGAUGUAUGGCCUAUGUGGGUCAGCCCCAGCACGUCAGCUAGCAUAAAUACGCAUGGUAUGCCUGUUCAUUUGUGCGAAUUGAAGAAAUCUAAGAGUGAAAGAUUUGUUUCCUUCAUUAACAACCUGAUCAUGAAAAUGGGAAUUCACCGAUUUCUUGUUGGCCACAAAGAUGAUGGGUUUGCCUCUCAAGCUUGGUUUUCCGUAGAGAUACUCUGCACGUGGGAGUGGCCAGGGAGUAAUGUUCAAACUUCUUUCCUGCCAACUCUUGUCUCGUUUUGUAAGAGUGAACCAUCAAGUGGGGGCUUACUAAAUUCUAUUUUUGACAUUCUACUCAAUGGUGCUCUUGUGCAUGGAGAGGAUGAGACAGUGAGCUUAGGGAACAUGUGGAUUGACUUUAAGAAUAACAUAGAGGACAUCGUAGAACCAUUUUUGAGGGCUCUGGUGUCAUUGCUUCACACUUUGUUCAAGGAGGACCUUUGGAGAGAAGAAAACGCCAUGGGUGCUUUCGAAAUGCUCACAGAUAAACUUUAUAUAGGGGAAGAGACGAGCACAAACUGUUUGAGAAUCAUUCCUUUCAUUAUGAGCACUAUGAUUUCACCAUUACGUACAAAAAUAAAAUCUGGUGUUUCUGGUAAAGAUGCAUUACUGCCACUAGAAGUUUUGCUUAUAAAUUGGCUAGAGAAGUCUUUGUCGUUCCCUCCUCUGGUACUCUGGCAAAGUGGGGAAGAUAUGCAGGAUUGGUUUCAGCUUGUUAUCUCUUGUUAUCCCGUAAGCGAAAAGGCUGAAGAAGCAAAGGAACUACAGAGGCAUAUGAGCAAUGAAGAGAGAACACUCCUGCUAGACUUGUUCCGCAAACAAAAGCAAGAUCCUGGUGCAUCAAGUGUAGUUACCCAACUUCCAGCUGCCCAAAUUCUGCUGGCGAGACUAAUUGUUAUUGCAGUUAGUUACUGUGGAAAUGAUUUUAAUGAGGAUGACUGGGAUUUUGUCUUUUCUAAUUUGAAGCGUCUGAUCCAGUCUGCAGUAGUUGUGAUGGAGGAAACUUCUGAGAACGUCAAUGACUUCAUCAUGCGUUAGUAAAGCAUAAAUCGAUUGAAGGUGAAGACAAUCUGAAAUCCUUGGCAGAUGAAACAUGGGAUCCGGUUAAGGAUCGGAUACUUGAAGGUGUUCUGCGUCUUUUCUUCUGCACCGGUCUUGCUGAGGCUAUUGCUGCUUCAUAUUCCCCAGAGGCAGCAUCUAUUGUUGCUUCAUUUCGAGUUGAUCAUUUACAGUUCUGGGAGUUGGUGGCUCAACUUGUGGUCGACUCUUCUCCGCGUGCAAGAGAUAGAGCUGUCAGAGCAGUGGAAUUUUGGGGUCUAAGCAAGGGAGCCAUAAACUCUUUGUAUGCAAUAAUGUACUCUUCCAAUCCAAUUCCGUCAUUGCAACUUGCUGCAUACGUUGUUUUGUCUACUGAGCCUAUUUCCAGGCUGGCCAUAGUUGCUGAUGGGAAUGCACCACUGAAUGAUGAGUCUCUCAAUGAUCAGGACUCAGGAGAUACUGGUGUGACAUCUAAAGAGAAGCUACGGCUAAGAGACGAAGUAUCUUGUAUGGUUGAGAAGUUAAAUCAUGAACUUCUUGAUACGGAUUUAACUGCACCAGAAAGGGUGCAAACUUUCCUGGCAUGGUCUUUGUUACUCUCGCAUGUUAACUCUUUACCUUCACUAACACAAGGACGAGAAAGACUGGUGCAGUAUAUAGAGAAAACUGCAAAUCCGUUGAUAUUAGAUAGUCUUUUUCAGCACAUUCCUCUAGAAUUAUACAUGGCACAGAGCUUGAAAAAAAAAGAUGGGGAUAUUCCGACGGAGUUAUCUGUGGUAGCUUCUGCAGCCACUCAUGCAAUUAUGACGGGUUCGUCCCUCUCAACGGUUGAAUCACUUUGGCCUAUUGAAACUGGAAAGAUGGCUUCGCUUGCUGGGGCGAUAUAUGGCCUGAUGCUACGUGUCCUUCCAGCUUAUGUUCGAGGAUGGUUUAGCGAAAUGCGUGACCGUUCUGCAUCAUCUCUGAUUGAAGCAUUUACAAGAUCGUGGUGCAGCCCUUCUUUAAUAAAGAACGAACUGUCUCAGAUAAAGAAGGCAGACUUUAAUGAUGAGAGCUUUUCAGUCAGCAUAAGUAAAGCGGCAAACGAAGUAGUUGCUACAUAUACGAAGGAUGAAACAGGGAUGGAUCUCGUGAUCCGGCUUCCAGUUUCUUACCCACUCAGGCCUGUUGACGUUAAUUGCACAAAAAGUAUUGGCAUAAGCGAAGCAAAGCAGAGGAAGUGGUUGAUGUCUAUGCAACUGUUUGUUCGUAAUCAGAAUGGGGCUCUGGCGGAGGCGAUAAGGAUAUGGAAGCGAAACUCGGAUAAGGAAUUUGAAGGAGUAGAGGACUGCCCGAUAUGCUACAGUGUGAUUCACACCGUGAAUCACAGCCUUCCAAGGCGGGCUUGCGUGACGUGCAAGUACAGGUUUCACAAAGCAUGUUUAGACAAGUGGUUCUUAACGUCUAAUAAGAAACUCUGCCCCUUGUGCCAAUCUCCUUGCUGAUCCAAUAACGGUGAUGAGGAUGCAUUUUGUGACAUUAGUGUGUCAGUUUUGCUUAAACCCUAACUCUCUUUUUAGUUUUUACUUUCCAAAGGUUCAAGGAACGUAUCGCCAUU